AGCAGUGCUUUAAGGGAAACACGAGAAAAAUAAAAAUAAAUAAUGUUAAGCCUAAUACGGCCAACAUUACGUUCUGUCGCUUGUUUAGCUACGAAAAACAUUCAAAAUAAUGCAAUAUCAAAUAUUGCAAGAAACUUUUCCCAACUUUCAAUUCAAUCAAAACCGCUGAAUUUGACAAAUAAAAUAGCAUCAACACCUACAACAAGCAUCAUGUCGUUACCAGGUUUUCAGAACUGUGCUUUCAAUCCAUCGGUAAUUCAAGUUCGGACAGUUAUAAAGUUUUCUGCAAGAAAAGGUAAAAGAAAAUCGGUAAAAGCUGUUCUCAAACGUUUCAAGCGCCUCGAAUGGGGAAUUUGGAUAAGAACUCGAACAGCUCGUCAUAAGCGAAUGUGGAAGAAGAGUCAAAGUCAACGUUACAAGUCAAGGCAACAUGUAUUUGUUAAUUCAACUCAAAGUACGUUGUUAGAUAAAAUGGUGACGAAAUUUUGGAGAAGACCGAAAUACUACGUCGAUGAUCCUUACCGGCCUUAUCAAAGUCGAGAGUCUUUCUGGAUCACACGAAAGAAGCCAAUUGAUUGGAAUGAAUAACAUGUUUACAACUUUAAUUUAGUAAUCCUCAAAAUAAAAUACGAAAUUUCAAGAAAUUAGUUUUCUCUUU